UUGUUGUCCAUCCACCAAAGCAGACGAUGCAUCCGGUGCCUCCGCGAUCAAGCCCCAACAUCGCCGCCGCCACCACGAGGGUGCACCCUUCCGACGCCCUUCACCACAGCUGCGCCGCGGAUGACGAUCAUCAUCUUGUACAGCCGGCGCUCUACACGGUGUGGAAGAGGUCCAGCAUGGGCUUCCACGGCACCGACGGCUUCUCCGUCUACGACGCCGACGGCGCCCUAGCCUUCCGCGUCGACAACUACUCAAGGCGCCGCAAGCUCUUCGCCGGCGAGCUGCUGCUCAUGGACGGCCAAGGCGCGCCCCUUCUGGCACUCCGCCCACAGAUUCUCAGCAUGCGCGACCAAUGGAAUUGUUACAGAGCAUCAGAAGAAGCUGGUGACAAGAGCUCCUCCAGGCGGCAACACCUCUUCUCCAUGAGGAAAUGCUCACUUGUACAAAGCAACGACGAAGCAGAAGUGCACGUAUCUGGAUGUACCACCUCAUCAGAUCAUGAUUCCCAAGCUCCUAGCUUCAGGGUGCAUGGUAGCUUCUGGAGGAGAAGCUGCAAGAUCCGAAAAGGCAACGGGGAGGAGGUGGCUAGGAUAACCAGGAAGAAGGCCGGAGCUCUGUCUGAGACGGUGACACUAAGCGAAGAUGUCUUCAGCCUUACCAUCAUGCCAAAUGUCGAUCGCACAAUGAUCAUGGCCUUUGUUGUCAUUUUGGACCGGAUCUGCCAGAGGCCAUACAAACCUUUGAUGUGUUCUACGUAGUUCACGCCUUCCAGCUUCCAGGCCAAACAAACUUGAUGCUGAAAGUGAUGAACACUGAAAUUCAAGAAGGGCUGAGCCAGUAAGUUUAGAUAGGUAGGGACUGCAGCUGCUAAUGAUUGCAGCUGUCAACUGACUGAAGCCAACAUGUAACAUGUCCUAACUUUUGUAAAGCAAAGAUACGUAAAUUCAGAAUUUAACUGGAACCUUACAUUGCAAUGCAUACUGGAUUCCCGUGAUGUAAAUUUCAGGGAAAGUUCGUUGGUGUUGUUUAAUGCUCAGAACAAAGAUGCGACCACAAUUUAUAAAGAAAGAUUGAAAGGGAAAGGGGAAGAAAGGGAAUGACACAAAUAGGCAGCUGUAUCCCUUGUCCUAGUUGCAACUUCCAAUGCUUAUUACUCUCUCAUGUGCUUCCAUGAAUCAACUGGCUAUUUGUUAAAAAGAAAGAAAGAAUCAACUAGCUACCAACUCUGGCAUGAGCUGCUUCCCAUUGUUCCUGUAGUUGUAGCGCAGUACCAUCUCAAGUUUCUAAUGGUUUACACCUAGAUGCAACUUGUGGAAUUAGUAAGGACAAUGCAAAAGACGAAAUUGACCAAAUUGUGUUGAAUCGUAAAAGAGGAACCAGAAAAGGAAUCGAUUUAAGAUCUGACCAGUGGCAUCAGCUAUAUCUGGCAGUACAGACUACAGAGCAGUUGAGUGUAUACAUACUCAAACAAAAAUAUUCGAUCGACUCCUAGCUCCGCAUGCAUGUUAAAUUGCAUCUCUGAAGAUCAGCAAUCCUCCAUCAAGAAAGAAUUAGGCAGUAGACAUCACACAUGUACUGCAAAGAGGCCAUACCCUGCUCUGUUCAUUGCGCCAAGAAUUGUGAUAGUGCCAUUUCCAUUGAUGCAACAAGUAGCACAGUCCAUUUCAUCGUAUGAGGUGGAUAGUGGCAGUGCGUCGCAGAGGUCACCACGACGAAAGAUGCAAUUGCAUCAAGGAGAUGUCUGGAGUUCAGGGUAUGGAUGGAUACCUGGUGGAAUGCGCGGCCGAUUGUUGCAGUGCGACGAUGAACGGAGGUGACCACACGCCGGGGGGUGACCGAUUGGAGGGACAUGGCAGCUGAGGGCAUCUCCACGACUCCACCUCCUACCGGACCGCGGCAGCCGGCAGCCCAAGGCGGCGGGCGCAGUGGAGAAGCUAGAGGCUGGGGCAGCCCGUGCGCAAGGCCUGAGGGAGUGAUGGACGCGUCAAUUUGACGGAGGAGAUAACGAAGCUUGUCGGCGGGGCCGGAGGAGGGCGGCGGCGGCCGCGCGACCUCGCCGGGGCGGCCGAUGCCACCCGGCGGAAUAUUUUCAAAAGCACCCCUAACUAUUUUCAUUUAAUCCCCUAAAUUGGAUCGCGACUAUUAAUCGCGAUCCGAAUAUUUGCAAAAGUACCCCUAAUAUUUACAUAUAACCCCCUCAUUUGGAUCGCGACAAUUGAUCGCGAUCCGAUUAUUUACAAAAUACCCCUGGUUUGGAUAAGAAAUUAGCACCGUGGCCCCUGGUUCGUCUCUCCCUCUCCGUCGUCGGGUCCUCCGGCCGCCUCCAACUUCCAAUCCGGGCCGGAAGCGCAAAUGCCCCAAGCCACUCGCGGCCCCGCUCAGGUUCUCCAGUCGUCUGCAGAUUCUAGGGAAAGAGGACCAGCCCAGCUGCCCAGGGAGUACCGAGCAUCGGCCAGGCCAUGGGUAAGGUGAGGAGCUCUGUUAGCUGAGCCGCGUGCUGGAAUACGGUGGCUUAUGAGGAAAACGAAAGAGGCUGGCGGGAUGCUUCCAUGAGAGAAAUUAACCCGCAGGCGCAGCCGCUCGAGGUGCCGGACAGCUUGGUGGAUGGGUUCUUGGUUCGAAACAAUCGCAUUUUUGCAGGUCGUCGGUUUUGGAGGUAGUG